ACGAUGCAUGUUUUCUCUGAGUUGACGGGGGAAAUUCGACACAUAAACUAUUGGCAUGCAAAUGUUGGAGCAGGAAUCAAAAAUGCAAAUAUAUCAAUUCCUAACGUAGCUUCCUUCCUGAACAAUCAGCUUACAACGGAUUUGAUGAUGGCGUUGAUUUAUAUCAGGAGUGCUGAAAUAUUUUUUGGAUUUCACACUAUUUAUGAGGAUAAGAAUUGUGAUUUAUAUUACUCCAAACGUUCCAGUGAACAGGCCAGAUAUUCCCUGGUCCAGUACCGCACAUCCAAGUUUUCAAUUUACAUACGGGAUUCGGGAGCGAUCAGUAGAAAGCUGUACAUAUUGGGCACUUUUUCUCUUUAUUAUUGGAUCGCAACAAUAUGCCUAUUCCUUCUUGUGAUGAAAUUGGUAAUCAUAAUCAAAUAUGCUAGUCCCAAACGAUCAAAUCUGACCGCCAUGAUUCAGUCAAAUUUAAACGUUUUCGUUUCUAACGGAACUGCUUCUGGAUCAUAUUUUGAAUCAUUUAAACUGAUACUUCUCAUAUAUUCUAUGUUUAGCCUGAUCAGUACUAUCGCCUUGGUUGCAUUUUUAUCUACCGAGCAAGUAAUGCGACCUGUGCGAAAGCCUUUCAAAUCCCUCAGUGAGUUGAUUGAUCUUGGAUCCAUUCCACUAUGCGUCAACCCAAAGUCCCCAACGUACGACUACAUCCGGCAAACGGAACAUCAUCCCAACCUGAAAAUUAUCCUGAACUCCGCGAAAUGUCCAAAAGAGUUCCUCUCUAGAAACCAAUUCGCAGCUGAAAUCUGUCAAACUCGAGAUCGGAUCGCCUUCGUCGACAAGUACAACUUUGCUUCCGAGUACAACCUCAAAGAGCUGAGCCAGUUUCCGUGUACAAUUGUGCAAAUUGUAGAAAACAUCUACUCGUUUCCACUCGCCAUCACUUAUCGGCCAGGAUUCCCCUUCAAAGAAGAUUUGAAUCGACUAUUUCUCAGAAUGCUUGAGAUGGGAUUUCAGCAUCUAUUUGAACAGAGAAACAUCAAUAGGUACAAACACCUUCAACAACAGAAUCUCGACAAUUGGAGCGAUGCACGUUAUCCGGAGGUUACGAUGAAGAUGAUCCAGAAUACAAUGGUUACGAGCGUUGCACUGCUUGGAUUAUCUGUUCUGUUUUUGCUUUGCGAAAAAAUGUGUAAAAUGUCAUGGGUUUCAAUUCUAAGACGCAUGAAGAGUCAAUUGAGAAUGGUUAGAUUAACAGUUUGGAAACAAAUGAUGAACUUUAAAGAAAACGUUAUCAACAGAAAUCUAAGUCACUUGGCAUCAACUUACGAACACGUUAAAAACAAAGUAGAUCAACUACUGAGAAAAAUCACUGAACUAUAAAAAGAAACAAAAUAAAACCAUGGCAACCUUAUCCAAACAUUGUUCCAGCAUUCUCAGCACCCUCUGCUCCUAAUGUAAUCAAAGUCAAUGAAAGUAAACAGUGCAGCGAACCGUGUCGGACCACC